CCGACCUUUAACUUCUUUUACCUUGUGUUGAAAAUAUGUCUGUGUGUUGUCUUUGCCAUGUGUGCCAGCAGGCUAUAAACCCCCCUUUUACCUCCCUAAUGACGGUCGACGGUGAAUCUCAGGCAGGGCUCAGUUUGACGCUCAAAAAAGUCCGCGGGGAAGUUCCCUAGGAAAUCCCCCAAGACUGUUCGGGGAUAUUAUUGUCGACACCGAUGCGCAAAACCCUCGACACAAUUGACCUCCUCGGUCCAUUUCUAAAGACACAGCGGGUAGAAGCAGAGGCGUCAAAUGCUGGAUUAUUAAAAGACUGAUCCGUCUGUCACAAAUCUACGAAGCCGACCAUGGAUAACGUCAGUAUAAACACGGAUACAGACGCGCUGAAAGACAAACUGCGGAGCUGCAGCACGCUCAAUACUCUGUAUCAUGAGACGCGGCAGGAAAUCGAGCUUCUCAACAAGCAGAUUGAUGUUAAGGACAAUAUCAUUGCAGAUUUAAAAGCCAGGUUGGGGAGGUACGAGAGGAUCUACAUGACUGUGGGAGAUAACGAGUCAGUGGUCAUCGGGCCGUCCAAGUCUUUGCUGGAGAGUUUGUGUAAGGAGAUAUGCAAGCUGAAGCAGAAGAGGAACGAUAUGGAGUUGAAGGCGUCGAGACAGGCAGAGGAGAUCCAGAGGCUGACCGUGCAGCUCCGAGAGAAGGAGCUGGAGCUGGAGAGUGUCAGGUGUCAGCCCGACCACGAGAAGGAUCAGGAGAUCCAGAGGCUGCGGUCGGCCCUGCAGGAGAGGGAGCGCUCAGAGGCCACCAGAGCCGUGCUGUGCACAUCCCUGGCCGAGGAGGCUGACCAGCUGCGCAGCCAGCUCGGCGCAACGGUGAAGGUGUGCCAGGAGCUGCUGGCCAGGCUGGAGAAGGAGAAGAAGGCGGGAGGAGGAGAGGUGGAGGAUGUGGCUCUGCAGCAGAAGUCUAAGGAGAUGACAGAGUCCUCUGAUCUGAGUAGUGUUAACGCUCAAAUCCGUCAACUUCAGGAGGAGAAUCAGCAGCUAAAGCAGCGAGUGGCAUAUGUGCAAGGUCUGAACUCUCAAUGGCAGAAGUAUGACUCCAGCAGGGAGGACUAUAUCAGAGGUUUAUGUCAGAGGCUGAAGGAGACCUCUGGGCAGGGCUUGGUGCCAGGGCUUGGCUCCAUAAGCACCGGGUUGCUUCACCAGGAGAUUUCCAGGCUCAAUGGCUUACUCGAGGAGAAGAUGAGCGAGUGUGCGCGGCUAGGUAGAGAUGUGGAGGAGAUAAGGAGGCAUGACCAAGAGCGCAUCCAGACUCUGGAGCAGCAGGUCCUCAUCUACGCAGAGGACUUUAAGUCGGAGCGUGCCGACAGAGAACGAGCACAGGGCCAGAUCCAAGACCUGAAGGAGCAGGUUUACCAGUUGAAGCAGCAGCUACACAAACAGCAGGGUACAAGCAGAGACAACAGAGACGUGGUUCCCAUGUGCCGUGUCCACAUAGGACACAGGAUCACCUCAAGGCGACAUAAGGACUCCUCAGAACCUCUAUUGAGGACCACUGCUGAGAUGCAGCAACAGCCUGCAGCUGCGGCAGCAACACCGAGUCCUGCUUGGAACGAAUGCCCAGGCAUGUCAGAGCUACAGUGCCCGCGUUGCCUCGCCACGUUCAGUGACACGGACGCUGCAGAGUACCUGAACCAUUGUGAAGAGUGUGCCAAACUAUAAGCGGAACAACACUCAUUUUUGGAAAAGACACUUAUCUCUCACUGACAGUAACUGAACACUGAAGAGCAGCACUACACGGCAGAAAAUAACCUGAGUGGAGUUUCCAAAUCGGAGAGACUUGACUACAAAUGAAACGACUGACUUAAGAUGUUUGUACAUAGUGAAGCAAAACUGUACAACCCAAAGUUCCCCUGUCGCAAGAGAAAUGAGUUCAUCAGUCUGCAUAGUUGAAUAUCCAGUGUCAGGUUCUUAGUUUUCUCCUGUGGCAGUGCAGGAGAUUAUUGUGGUGGGAAAGUGGAUGUGAAUGCAAUAUAUCGAAUAUCAUAUACCUCAAUGUGUCAAAUUACAAACCUGUUGCACUUUCAUGACAUUUAGCCAAAAUACUGAAUCGUAGGAUCGUACGAUUAAGAGAUUCAUGACGCAUAAGCUUCUUACUUUGGAUAAUGUGGUGCUAUUAGUUGUUUGUUUUUGAUUGAACUUUACAUAUUUCUGUUCUGUAAAUUAUAUAUUCUUAAUAACAGAUUUAAAAUAUAUAACUAUUAUAUUAAUAUUUAUUCUCUGUACAUCAAUAAUAGGAAAAGGUUUUUUGCCUUUUUUCCACCAAAGCCAUGAAAUAUUUUUUUUCCUGGUAAACUUUUGGGAUCAAAAAUGUUCUUUAUAAAUGGAAAAAUAUAUUUGAUCCACUUUUUCUAACAGUGUAUGUAAGAGUUGCAUCCCAACUGACAAUAAUAUGCUUAUUUUUGGAGAGUUUGUGCUGUUUUUCUGGAGCUGGCACAUUAUUUUUGUAAUAAAAGACUUGUUUA